AUGCCAGCUGCUCCCCACGGAUGUGGCAACGAUACCUCUCUCCCCACAUGCUAUGAGGAGUCGUCAGGUCAACUUGCUGUAAUUAUCAUCCCUUCUCUGUUGGCUCUGGGCACUGUUGUAGUGGUGGCUCUGAUCUUCUAUAGUCUCCACAAGAACAAACGGAGAGUACAGAGCACCGCAACUCAUUUUACAAAUGGCCAGCAAAGUGUAACCGGGACUGCAGCUUCUGUAUGCACUCCUAAGGGCCAGGCAGCUUUGUACCACUGGGAAAUCCCUGAGGAGUGCGUUCUUGAGGGACUAGAGUUUUGGCAGACAGGUCGCCAUGGCCCCAUUUGUAAAGGUCUGCUGAGGAAGAGAGAUGGAGCCUCCUCUGCUGUGGUGGUGAAGUCCCUCCGAGAUGGCACCAACCAGCCUGAGGCCAAGGAGUUUGUGGAGUGGGUCCUCUUCCAUGCCAGAGUGUGCAAACAUGAGAACGUGGUGCGGAUGUUGCACUGUCAGACCAAGCGUCUUCCCAUGUAUCUGGUCUUAGAUGCCUGCAGCCCGGGCAACCUCCUUCACUUCCUCUGGACACUCAGAAAUAGGAAUUUGAACACAGCGGAUCCAUCGCCAAACUUCUCUGAGAAGUCAGUGUUUCUGGUGGCGAAGCAGGUUGCAGCUGGCCUGGACUACCUGAUGUCAGAGCACAGGCUGGUGCACGGUGAUGUUGCUGCCAGGAACAUCUUAAUUGGCCCGGACCUCUCUGCUCGGGUGUCUGGGCUGGGCGUGGCGUUCAGGGGACGCAAAACGGAUUCAGCAAUGAGGCAGAGGGCAGCAGAGGUGCCUCUCAAAUGGCAGGCUCCGGAGAGGAUCAUGAUGCAGCUCAGCAUAGACAGGAGCGACGUGUGGUCAUUUGGAAUCUUACUGUAUGAACUGAUUACUUUAGGCUCUCCUCCGUACCCUGAGCUGGAGCCUCUGUCUGUGCUCCCAAAGCUGCAGGGGGCUUAUCGAAUGAAGAGACCGGAGAAUUGUGGAGGACCUCUGUACGAUCUCAUGAAGUACUGCUGGAUGUGGAGUUUCAAAGACCGACCUGCGUUCUCGGCCAUCAUGAAGCUGUUGGGGUCCUCGCUGCAUCUGGCAGCGACUCAAGCCAUUUGUGUUCCUGAGGUCAUGGACAGAUCUGAGUACAACAGGAAGGCAGGGCUGCUAUGA